AUGGAUUUAACUGUGAAGAAUUUUCCUAUAUUUCUUUUGGUUCUUCUUCUUCUUCCUCUCCUGGCUUCUUGUAAUGAGAAACAGGUGUACAUAGUGUACCUCGGAGAACAUAGUGGAGAGAAAACAUAUAAUGAAAUUGAAGAAAACCAUCAUUCAUAUCUGUUCUCUGUGAAAGAAACUGUGGAAGAUGCUAAAUCUUCUCUUAUUUACAGUUACAAGUCCAGCAUCAAUGGCUUCGCAGCAUUGCUCACCCCAGAUGAAGCCUUCAAACUGUCCGAGAUUGAGGAAGUGUUGUCUGUAUUGCGGAGCCAGUCGACAAAGUACUCUUUGCAGACUACAAGGUCAUGGGAAUUUUCCGGUUUACAACAACUACAAGGAAGUAAAGGGUUUCAAUUGAAGGAGGACCUGUUACUGAAAUCAAGAUAUGGCCAAAAUGUUAUUGUUGGCAUGCUAGAUAGUGGUGUGUGGCCAGAAUCAAAAAGCUUCAGCGAUGAAGGAAUGAGACCCUAUCCAUCAUCAUGGAAAGGAAUCUGUCAAUCAGGAGAUGCAUUUAACUCAUCAAACUGUAACAAGAAGAUAAUAGGUGCACGAUACUACAUCAAAGGUUAUGAGGCACACUACGGCCCUCUUAACAGAACAUUGGAUUAUCGAUCCCCUCGUGACAAGGAUGGACAUGGAACUCACACGGCAUCAACAGUUGGAGGCCGAAGGGUUCAAAAUGUUUCCGCAUUGGGUGGAUUUGCCCGUGGCACUGCCUCAGGUGGCGCGUCACUUAUCCGACUGGCUAUCUACAAAGUCUGUUGGGCAAUGCCCGGAAGAGGGAAAGAAGAGGGAAAUACGUGCUUUAUGGAAGACAUGUUAGCCGCCAUGGAUGAUGCAAUUGGUGAUGGUGUUGAUGUAUUAAGCAUUUCAAUAGGGAGAAAGGAUCCUGUUUCCUUCAAUGAAGAUGGUAUUGCCAUUGGAGCACUUCAUGCGAUCAAGAAAAAUAUAGUGGUGGCUUGCAGCGCUGGGAACUUUGGCCCUGAACCAGCUACGUUAUCUAAUACGGCUCCCUGGAUUAUCACAGUUGGUGCUAGUAGCAUCGACCGGAAGUUUUUAGCACCCAUUGUGCUAGGAAAUGGCAUGAAAAUUGAGGGACAAACAGUAACUCCAUAUAAGAUGGAAAAAAAGAUGUAUCAACUAGUUUAUGCAGCCCAAAUAGUCAAUGCUGAUGUGCCAAAAAAUAUCUCUGGGCAAUGUCUACCUGGUUCACUUUCACCCAAUGCGGCAAAGGGGAAGAUUGUAUUAUGUUUACAUUGGAAUGGAACAAGAGUGGGAAAAGGUUGGGAAGUGAAAAGGGCUGGUGGGAUUGGUUUCAUCUUGGGAGAUAGUAGAACAAGUGGAGCUGAACUAGUAGCUGAUGCUCAUAUUCUUCCGGCCACUGGUGUCAAUUACAAAAAUGCUCUCAAAAUUCUAAACUACAUCCAUUCUACAAAAACACCGAUGGCCUAUAUAGUACCAGCUACAACAGAGUUAGAGAGCAAGCCAGCACCAUUCAUGGCUUCCUUCACCAGUAGAGGCCCGAGCACAGUUUCACCCAAUAUUCUCAAGCCAGAUAUUACGGCACCUGGGCUAAAUAUAUUGGCUGCAUGGAGUGAAGCUUCAUCUCCAACAAAACUAGACCAAGAUCAUCGUGUGGUCAAAUAUAAUAUCCUAUCAGGAACAUCUAUGUCCUGCCCACAUAUAGGUGCAACGUCUGCACUUCUGAAAGCUAUACACCCGAGUUGGAGUAGUGCUGCUAUAAGAUCUGCUCUGAUAACCUCAGCGGAACUGAAUAACAAUUUAGGCAAGCCAAUAACUGAUGCAUUUGGCAAGCCGGCAGAUCCUUUCCAAUUCGGAUCGGGUCAUUUUAGGCCAACGAAAGCUGCUGAUCCUGGACUCGUGUAUGAUGCAUCAUACAUGGACUAUCUUCUUUUCCUCUGCAGCAUUGGGAUUAAGAACUUGGAUUCUUCCUUCAAGUGUCCUAUAAAGCCACCCUUUCCUUCUAAUCUCAAUUAUCCAUCCCUCGCCAUUCCCAAACUCAAUGGCACCUCUACUGUCGAGCGAAGAGUCACAAAUGUUGGCAGCAGUAAGAGUGUCUAUUUCGUCAAAGUUAAACCACCACCGGGAUUCUCCGUGAAGGUCUCACCUUCAAUUUUAUUCUUUAAUCAUAUUGGCCAGAGGAAGACAUUCACCAUCACAGUAAAAGCAAACAAGGUAAACAAAGGCAUGGGGAAAGACAAGUACGCAUUUGGAUGGUAUACAUGGUUUGAUGGAAUCCACAAUGUCCAAAGUCCUAUUGCAGUUUCAGUCGCGUAG